AUGUUACAUGUAUUUCUGUUGUUAUUGAGUCUAUGUUCUUUUAUUCAGGCUGCUUCGGUUCGUUCAUCCAAGACUUUGGUAUUGUAUGAUGAAAGAAUAACAGAAUUAAAAAAGUAUUUUAAGUAUUUUGAAUCGUUGAAUUCACGUUCUUACGAAAUAGAUUAUUUAAAAAUCAAAAAUAGUACAUCCAGUGUGGAUUUAUUUGAAAAUGAAUACAAUACAUACGAUAAUUUGAUCAUUUUCCCUAUUAAAGGUAAACACUUAAACAAAUUAGUCCCAGUCAAAUCUUUAUUGAAAUUUUAUGAAAAUGGUGGUGAUAUUUUAGCUAUCACUUCUCCUGAUGCUGUUGUCGAUUCUGUUCGUUUAUUUUUGAAUGAAUUGGGGAUCUAUCCAAGUCCAAAGGAUUACCGUUUAGUCGAUUACUCAAGUAAAAGUUCUACUGAUAUAGAAAUUUCAACUAAUGAGUUGCAAUCAAAAGUUGUUUUUUCAACAACUGAAGAUAAAUUGUUGAGAUUUGGUAAUGCAGGAGCUGCACUAUUAGAUAACCGUGAACAGAUUGUUCCAAUUUUAAGAGCUCCAAGAGGUUCUGUUACAGUUUCAACAUCGGAGAAGAAGAAGAAUGAUGAACCUUGGACUGUCGGCUCUCAAGGUUAUUUAGCUUCUGGUUUCCAAAGUCUCAUCAAUGCUCGUGCCACCUGGGUUGGAAGCCAAGAUUUGUUCAAUGAUAAAAACAGCAAAGAAAACAAUGACUUUGUUCAAGAAGUAUCUAAAUGGACUUUCAGGGAAAAGGCUAUUAUUAAAAGUUUCGGUUUCAACCAUAAACAUGCUGACGGUACUACAUAUGCACGAACUCCAUAUAAAGUUAAGGAUGAUGUAGUGUAUGAAAUCGGUCUUGCUGAAUGGAAAGGUGAUAAAUGGGAACCUUAUAUGGCGGACGAUAUUCAAUUUGAAUUAAGGUUAGUUGAUCCAUACUACCGUUUGACUCUAACACCAAGUUAUAUUAAAAAGGGUGUCCAAUAUUAUACCACGGGUGAAUUUAAGUUACCAGAUCACCAUGGAGUUUACACAUUUAUUACUGAAUACAAAAGAAAUGGUAUAAGUUUUAUCUCAGAAAGUGACGUUAAAGCUAUCCGUCAUCUAGCUAACGAUGAAUUUGCAAGAAGUUUUGAAAUCUCAAAUGCUUGGGUAUAUAUCACUUCCAUAUAUGGUGUCAUCAUUUCAUGGGUUUUAUUCAUUUUCUUAUUUGUUAUCAUCUCUAUCCAAAAGAAAGUAACUGUAGAAAAGAAAAAAAAUUAA